UCAUAACAUCAUCAUUGUUAGCACUCUAGAGAAUACACAUUCAACUAUGGCUACACUUAUUUCUCCCAGUAACCACUCUCCCCAUGAAGAUGCUGAAGCUCUCCGAAAGGCUUUCGAAGGAUGGGGGACUGAUGAGAACACUGUCAUAGUAAUACUGGGUCAUAGAAAUGUUCAUCAGAGGCAGCAAAUCAGAAGAGCUUAUGAAGAAAUUUACCAGGAGGAUCUUGUCAAACGCAUGGAAUCUGAGCUCAAAGGAGACUUUGAGAAAGCUGUGUACCGCUGGAAUCUGGAACCUGCAGAUCGUGAUGCUGUUUUGGCCAAUGUUGCCAUCAAGAGUGGUAAAAACUACCAUGUCAUUGUUGAAAUUUCCUGUGUCCUCUCCCCUGAGGAGCUCUUUGCUGUGAGGCGUGCUUAUCUCAAUCGCUACAAGCGCUCCUUGGAAGAAGAUGUGGCAUCUCAUACCUCUGGCCCUAUCCGCCAGCUUUUGGUGGGGCUAGUGACCUCAUUCAGGUAUGUUGGUGAUGAGAUCAAUGCAAAAUUGGCACAAACUGAAGCUGAAAUUCUUCAUGAGGCUGUGAAAGAGAAGAAAGGCAGCAUUGAAGAGUCCAUCAGGAUCUUGACUACAAGGAGCAAGACUCAACUUAUUGCAACUUUCAAUCGCUACAGAGAGAUCCAUGGUACUUCCAUUACUAAGAAACUGUUGGAUGAAGGAUCUGAUGACUUUCAGAAGGCAUUGUACACAGCCAUUCGUUGCUUCAAUGACCAUAUUAAGUACUAUGAAAAGGUGCUGCGUGAUGGAAUCAAAAAGCUUGGAACUGAUGAGGAUGCACUCACCCGUGUGAUUGUGAGUAGGGCUGAGAGGGACCUGAAGGUCAUCGCUGAUGUUUAUUACAAGAGAAACAGUGUUCUUCUUGAGCAUGCUAUUGCCAAGGAAACCUCAGGGGACUACAAGAAGUUCCUUCUCACUCUGUUGGGCAAAGAAGAUUAAAAUUCUUCUCUGAUGGCAUUUGUGAUUUUGAGUUCAGAACAUCAAUUUAUAUUGGUGUCUGAUGGUAUUAUCCCAGUUGGUUUUCCUUGUUGAGUCUGUUUUGAGUUUUCCUUGCUUUAUCCUUUGUUAUGUUUGCUGUAUGACAACUUGAAGUUUAUCUUAUAGUUACUAUGAUAGCUUUUUGGUGGCUGUUAUUGAUGGUUCAUUUUGAACUUGAAUCCU